ACAACGAAUUUGCAGCCUCGAACUCGUGCAGCUGCCCGCUCGCCAGCAUGCCUACUGCAAAGGAGGCGAGCCGUCACACAAAAGCAAGAUGGAGGAUCUCACAGUCGAAGUAUGCGGCGAAAACGGAGCAUAUUAUAAGGCCUUUGUCACCGAUGUCUUUGAAGACGAGGUUCUGGUACAAUUUGAAAAUGAUUGGCAACCAGAAUCAAAAUUUCCAUUUGCUCAAGUACGUCUACCUCCAAAAGAUGGUCCCAAAGCUGAAUUUGUGGAAAAUCAGGAAAUCGAAGUAUUUUCUAGGUCCAAUGAACAUGAACAUUGUGGAUGGUGGAAGGCACUCAUUAAGAUGAGCAAAGGAGGUUUUCAAGUAGUCGAAUAUUCAGGAUGGGAAUGUGCUUAUACCGAAAUUGUAGCUAGUGAGCGACUGAGGGCCAAAAAUCCUAAUCCCCCUAUUGAUAAAAAUACAUUUCACAAGAUCGAAAUCGAAGUACCUGAAGAUCUACGAGAAUUUGCCAAAGUGGAAAAUGUACAUAAGGAAUUUCAAAAAGCGAUAGGUGCGGCAGUGUGCCGAUAUGUGCCUGAACGAGGAGUAUUGCUGGCCAUCUCCCGUAAUGAAAAUUUACAUCGUCUUAGUAGCGUGCUCCAAGAAAUGCACUUUAGAAGCUUAUCGCAAAAGGUAUUACUUUUAAAAAGAACAGAAGAAGCAGUACGUCAACUUGAGUCAACUAAACUUCAAACGAUCGGGGGAUACACAGAUGAAUUUAAUGUGCGAGAAGAUCUGAUGGGUUUAGCAAUUGGUGCUCAUGGCGCAAAUAUUCAACAAGCGAGGAAAGUCGAUGGAAUUACGAAUAUAGAAUUAGAAGAAAAUUCGUGCACAUUCAAAAUAUUUGGAGAGACACAUGAAGCUGUUAAAAAAGCUCGUUCCAUGCUUGAAUAUAGCGAAGAAUCUAUACAAGUACCACGUAUCUUGGUAGGCAAAGUAAUUGGGAAAAAUGGUCGUGUAAUACAAGAAAUUGUGGAUAAAAGUGGCGUGAUAACAACUGGUUCGAGUGGGAAUGUAUAUACUGAUAGAGUACGUGUAAAAAUAGAAGGAGACAACGAACCUCAACCAACGAUUCCAAGAGAAGAGGGUCAGGUGCCCUUCGUCUUCGUCGGUACCGUCGAAAGUAUUGCUAAUGCAAAAAUGUGUUUGGAAUAUCACUUGGCACACUUGAAGGAAGUUGAACAGUUACGGCAAGAAAAAUUAGAAAUUGACCAACAAUUAAGAAGCAUGCAUGGAUCAACUACAGGACCAAUGCUCAACUUUCCUCCAGCAAGACGAGGAAUAAUUACAGGCCCAGAAGAAGGUAGUGGAGGUCGAGGAGGUCGUGGUGGUCAAUCUCGUGGACGUGGCAACAGGGGUAGGGCUCCUACCAGACACAAUGCCGGUUUACGUCGAGAUACCUUAGACGGUAGUGAAGAUCGCGUAAGAGAUCUACCUCCAAGAGGUGGCCAUCAAGGAGGUACCGGAAAUCCGAGAUAUAUGGGUGGUAGACAAGAACGUCCUCCACUUCAACGUAGAGAUCGUAGAGACGAACGUCGUCGAACCACCGAUGAUGAAGACACAGUUCUUGAUAGCCAAGAUGUUUCAAGCAUUGAUAGAGAGUCUGUAUCAAGUGUGGAGGGAGGACCUAAAAGCGUAAGGCGAAGACGACUUCGACAUUCUCGGCAGCGUAGUUCUACACCAACAAAUAAUCGAAGAGGCAGCAAUGCCGGCCCAAGCGAACAAUCAACAGUAACUAGUAAAGAAGGAACACCAGCAAAUGACAUUUCUGCUACUAAUAACAGUUCCCAAGGGCCUAAGGGCCAAAGAGAACAACGGGCACGUCCUCCUCGUAUGCAACAGAGCAACAAGCCUAAAGAAGCUCUGGUUAAUGGUACCAGUGGCUAAAUAACCAUUGUGGUCGACAAAUGCUACUUAUGUAUAACAUUACACCUGAUGAGAGCUAUUAACACCCAGCACAUACAUGACGCAUACCUACGCAAGGACUACACGAUUAUGGAACGCGACAUGAUUAGUCUACGCUCGUUGUUAAGACUGUUUGCUACCGAUAAGAAUACGACAGUUGUUAAAGAAAUCGUCAUUCUCCUUAAACACAUUUAAGGACACAUAUUAAUAUCCAUGCAUGGUUUAGUUUAAUGAUAGUAGUUAUACUAUCAUGUUUGAUAUAUGGAUACAUUCAUUGGGAGGUAGUAGAAGCAUUUGGUAAAAAGGAAUCCCCUGAUUGUGAAACUGUGCCUCAUUUUUAUACCGAGCUCCCAACUUGUGUGACAGCAAUUUGGACGUACUGUAAAGUACCUCUUAAUCACUUGUGAAAUGAUCCAAUAAUAGGCUGGAUAUACGUGGCUCGUACGUCAAUUAUCAAUUUGAACAAUUUUCGUCUAGAUGUGUCGCUAUAUUUACCGCAAAAAACACACGAUACCUACAGAAACACAUAAUGUAAUCAGUUAUUGUUAUUUCUAUAUUUCAUUAAUGAGUUCUUUGUUGCAAAAAGUUUUCAAUAUAUUUAACACCAUAUUACGUAUAAAAGAUCCGAUGUUUGUUAUUAUGUACUUAUUUUUGGAGAAGCGUCAAUUAAGCCCACUGGAUAUAACAGUUUUGCGACAUAACUAUGACGAAACGUAAUGUGAAGCAGGAAAAAUGAAUUUCCGUUGUUAGACCUAACAAUGGUAGGCGGCAGCUGCAUGAAAUCUGGGUUAAAAGGUAUUCCCAAUGAUGUUCCUUCUACUUACUUCACAAGAUUUGAGUUUUUUUUUUGAUUUACGAUUAUUAGUAGAAUUAUUUAACGACACUAGAUUUUUAUGUUUCAAUGCUGAGUGUUGAUUAAUAAUACCAUGAUGAAUGCUAAAAUGACUUAUUUGAUUGUAAAAAAACACAAAUGGGUGUGCACAAGAAGUCGGUUUUUAUUUUCGGGUUCACUUUCACGUAAUUUAGCCUUUUUUUUUAUUACAGUCUAAGCAUACUAUAUCAAACAUUAGGAUUUGAUAUGAAGUUCAUUUCCGCAUUGUUUCGCAUGAUUUAAAAGGAAAGUAAACGUAUACUUAGUAAUACCAAUGUAUGAUGUGCCAGAGAAGGAAUGAUACAUGUUUUAUGAUAUCUAGCUGAAGUGCAGACUUAGCGCAUACCUUUAUUACUAUAAUACUACUUAGUCGAAAUGUGGAUGUCUGAAAAAAUAAACUAGCUUUACUAUACUAAGCUAUAAAAUAGAUACGGUGAACUGUUUUAAAUUGACUAUUAGUGAAAAUUAAAAAUCAAGUGUCAACUUAAAACAGUUGCCUCUUCUUCCGGAUAUGACAACAACUAAUCGGACGUGUCUCAUGGAUUUUGCAAAAACGCAUGGCGGUUGAUGCAACACUUGACACCAACAAAACAGCUGCCAUUUUAUCUGAAUAUUCUUAUGGCGGCCAGAAAAACUGAGAUAUCCCCCAACUUGCUUGUUUCAGAUACAUUUGUAUUGAUUGCAGUUUGUGCAUAAUUUAAGAAUAAAACAUUUCUGUACAUAGA